ACACUUCCGCCUCCUUGCUUCCCGUCGGCCUCCGCGCGAGAGGAAAGGGGAGAAACCCGCCAAUCAGCGAGCGCCGUCGCGCCCGUAUCACGUUCCGGAAGUGCCGUGCUGAGCUCCCGCCUUAAAGGGACCGCGCUGCGCUGCGCCCAUGGCGAAGGCCGGGCACGGCUGGAGCGGCGCGGCGGCGAAGCGGGGCGAGGAGGAGGAGGAGGGCGAGGACCCGCUGGACGCCAGGAUCGCUCGGAGCGGCUGCCUGGAGCAGCACCGGCAGCUGCAGGAGUGCAUGGCCGAGCGGCGGGACUGGCGGCACUGCCAGGAGCAGGUCCGCGCCUUCGGAGCCUGCAUGGCCCAGCAGCAGCGGCAGCGCGGGACCGGCCCGGCCCGGCCCCCGGACUGACACCCCCGGACAGACUGACCCCUUUCCCGCUUUAUUUUAAUCCAACUCCUUGAAAACCAGGUGGAAUUGUUGGGAAAUAA